AUGACCGAGCAACAAUCCAGCAAGCCCAGGACUGCCGUACUCGACCACGCUGCCUACCCCCACAUCUUCACCGCCAUUAUCAACAUUGCACCCACUACAGCUCUCCUUGCGCUCCGUACCACGUCACGCACAAUUAGAUGGCGUGUCGACAGAGUCCUGGUCGACAACCUUGUCCUAGUUGGUCGCGACGGCAGACUCGCCGUCGGUACCCGUAGGCCUGCAGACAGACACACGGUCAAGCUUGCUGAAAUGGCCCCCGGCCAGCCUGCGGCAGGCGCGACGUACUGGUUAUCGCUGGUGUCAACAGCUCGUGUGGUCGACCUGCGUGGAGACCUCCAGCUGGCCUCACCCAUCAAUGUCAACACGCUCCGCCUUCAUCCGGACGCACGUUACCCAGAAGCAGGGGAAUGGACCUGCCACACGCUCGUCACUUUUGUCCACUGUGCAGCGUGGGCCACGGUCCCACGCUGGCCGGCUCUCAGACCUGUGCGGGUCAACGCCAAGCGCAUGGUGCUCACCAUCACCAUCAAGCACGGACGCGGUCUCCGUCCACAUCAGAUACUCCACCAGGGAGACCACGUGCCGCCUGGCGUGGAGGAGGUGGUCGUCAUCAUCAAAGACGACGUCACACGCGUUGAACGACAUCAGUGUGCCGUUGGUAUCUACAAGACCGGCAUCCUCCUCGACAUCAUUCGCCAGCUGCUUUACUUUCUCCCAGGCAAAGUCGUGUUUGUGGGCGUCGACGUGCUGGACCCACGUAUCUUCGGCCUGCCGAUGGGCACGCCGUGUCCUCUGCUCGCUGGCAACAUCCGUCGGGCCAUCGGCGACUAUGCGACGGUCGUGCUUGGCUGGUCACACGACCAGGUCGACACCGCGCUCGCCGGGCUGGAGAUGCUUUCCCACCACGAGUAUCGCGCUCGGGUCGGUCUGCAGGAGUAUGAGAUGUUGUCCAAGCCGUGA